AUGCUUCCUUUAAGUCCUACUUCCUCCUCCCAGCACAUCCCACUACCUUUUGGUCCCUCCCAGUGCCUCCCAGCCGACGACUUCAUCCGAGCCAACGCCUGCAAUAAACUGACUGUGAUUGCUGAGCAGAUCCGGUACCUGCAGGAGCAGGCUCGGAAGGUCUUGGAUGAAGCUAACAGGGAUGCUGAUCUGCACCACGUGGCCUGCAACCUUGUGAAGAAGCCAGGGAACAUUUACUACAUGUACAGGCGAGAGAGUGGCCAGCGAUACUUCUCCAUCCUGUCUCCCAAGGAAUGGGGGAGCAGUCCCCAUGAAUUUCUGGGUGCCUACAAGCUCCAGCACGACAUGUCCUGGACUCCGUUUGAGGACGUUGCGAGACGAGAUGCUGAAAUAAAUGUCCUGGAGAAGCUGCUGAGCCGGCAGGCAGUGCUGCCUGCCUGUGCAGAGCCCAACUUCCAGGGACUCACCAAGUGA